GAAAGAAAAAUGAUCGAAGUACAAAGGUGAGGUGUAACAUGAUCUCUGACAGAGUGCUUUAUAAGACAUGCCUCACACCUCACCUGUGUACUUAGAUAGACACGAGAAGAUAGACACAAGAAGACAGCUGCAAACUACCCCUGGAGCAUUACAGAGCUGCGACAACAGACUGCACCAUGCGUUUCAACGUGCUGUUCCUCCUGCUGAGCCUAUCAUUUCUCUGUCUGGCACUGGCACAAGUUUCCUAUGACGACUGCUGUCUGAAGUAUGUGAAAAACCUGAACCACAGAAUUCAAAGACAUGCAGUGAAGUACAGACGGCAGGAGACAGAUGGAGGCUGCAACAUCCCUGCUAUAAUCUUCACCAUGAAGAGGGGGCGAUUGUUUUGCACAGACCCCAAACAGGGAUGGGUCAUAGAUCUGAUGAGAAAGAUUGACGGCAAACAUGUGACACCCUCCAGGGAGGGGUUGAACAGAGGCUGAGUGUCACAGCCUGCGGCCCCCGUUCAUCCUGUCGCCCUUUGCCAUAUCAUCAGAUAUCAUUGAGCAAUAAGCAGUUUAUGGUGGCUUUAUGGCGUCUGACUGGAAGGCAGUGGAGAAGGCUGGCCAAAUCUUAUAGCGUUACUUUUGCUUUCACUCAUACAAGGGUCCAAAGCUUGUAUAGAAUUGCAGCAGCACUUUGUUGUCCAGCGUUUGACUGCUGAUGCCAAGUGGUCACCACAUGAUGCAUAUAAACAUAUUCAAUAGCACGACUGCUUCUGUGACACUAUCUGUGGCUGUGUUCUUGCCUUUUCAGAUAUUUAAUAAGCUGUUUAAUUAUAUAAAUGGUGAUGGAGUGUAAAUGAUGAUAAUGAUAUAUGUAUAUAAUAUUUCAAAUACUUCUUGCAUGAUGUACCCAGGAUAUGCGUGAAAUACUUGUGUAUAUGUAAAUUUCUGCCUGUAAUGUGUGUCAUAGGAAAGGAGAAGGUAGUGUCCUAAUUUCAGAAUUGUUUAAAUGUGUCUUUUCAUGCAUUUUGUUUACGUUUUAUUACAGUAUAUGUGUUUCCAUAAAGGCAUUAUUAAAAUAAAUUUGCUUCUAACAUUC